ACUCGCCUUACCUUCCCAAAGCUGUCGUCCUGUGAACCAAAGCAGCAACGACGCGCCUCAAAAAUCGUCAUAACCCCCGGCGAUCCAUCAACGACCGCCCCUUCUCUCCGCCUUCCAAGUUCCACCCCAAUUCCAUCAUCAAUUUUUUGUUCGCCCAAGUUGCGCAAUCCUGUUCACCAUCGUUGCCGCCGCAUCAAAGUCCCGGCAUCGCAUCUACUAAACCUCUCCCAUCUCGACUUGCCACCUGACUGUCGCAAGCAUGGCUACCGACUACAGCUCGUUGAAGGUUCCCGAGCUCAAGAAGCUUCUUCAGGAGAGAAGCCUUCCCGCAACAGGCAACAAGCUCGACCUGGUCAAUCGCCUCAAGGAGAACGAUGCGCAAUCCGCGCCCGCCGCCGCCGAGGAGGAUGAAAUCGAUUAUAGUGACGACGAGCCUACCGUGCCAACCAAGGCCGCCGAAGCCCCCAAGCCCGCCGCUGAAGCUGCCCCGGCUGCUGAGGAACCCAAGCCUGCCGCUGCUCCUGCUGUAGCUGAGCCUGCCGCCCCCGCCACUGAAGCCGCGACUGCGCCUGCUGCGGAGACAACCGCGGAAGAGGAGAAGAAGACAGAGGAGACUGCAGAGGCUGCCGACGCCGCGCCAAAGGAGGACUUUGCUCUCAACCUGGAUGCGACCGACGCCGCAGCGGAAGCCAAGAAGCGCGCUGACCGCGCCAAGCGAUUCGGCAUCGACGAGGAUGAGGAGGCCAAGAAGAAGGCUGAGCGCGCAAAGAAGUUCGGCGUCGAGGUCGGUAGUGUUGCCGGUCUCGACUCUGCGCUUCCCGAGAGACGUCCCAAGCGCGGCCGUCCUGAGCGUUCCGACGAGCAGGCCGGACGCGAUGCUAAGCGACAGAGCACCGACGGCCGUGGACCCCGCGGUCGCGGCGGUAGGAACAACAGAGAUGGCGGACGCCCUGGAGGCCGCCGCCAAGGUGGUGGUGGUCGCGAGGGCGGCGGCGAACGCGACACCAGGCGCAGCGCUGCCAUUGACCCUGCCGAGAAGGCGAGACAGGAAGCGAGAGCGAAGCGCUUUGCCAACUAGGUGUAUUGAGGUGUUACGCGUUUGAAUGGAGAGAGCCCUGGAGGAUGGGGUCUGUAUACUAUGCCCGGGAAGAGGUGGCUGGCGUUUCGGUCUACGACAGAUGUAUGGGAGACGCGAACCAGGCAUGCGAUUAAAAUAACACGCGUCUUUGGUCUAGGGAAGGGCGGAGACGAUUCAAAACGAGAUGGCGUCGAC